UCCGUGUGAACUACGCACUCCGUAAACAAACUGGCAUCGCGGAAGUGCAGAAAGUCUCUUACACAGUCAUCGUUACACCACCACCACGCUGUUUAAUGUUUCGGCUGUGUCAGGGCACUAACACCAGGGUGAAGCUGCUGGUUUUACCCUGCUGCAGAAACAUGUCCACUCCGUCCGGCACCGACAACAGGUCGAUCCACUCGGACAGCGUCGAGGAGGUCCAUAACGUGCCGAUGGACGUCAUCAUCAGACCCAUUCCUCCGGUGCUGGAUGAGCAGAAAGUUCAGAGUCUGAUGGACACAAUAAAGGAGACAGCAGACGCAAGUGUUGUUCCUCCCAUUGAUGUGCUCUGGAUCAAAGGCAGAGAAGGUGGAAACUACUUUUACUCUUUCGGAGGCUGUCACAGGUUUGCUGCGUAUCAGAGGUUGAACAUGCCGACCAUCCCCGCCAAGCUCAUCAAAUCAAAUGUCUCAGACCUCAGCACAUACCUGGGGGCUUCGACGCCUGAUCUGCGGUAACGCUGGAGCAAAUCGGUUAAAGUUUUUUUUGAGACACUUGGCUCAGGUGACUCAGACACACAGUUUUGACUCUUCUGUUGGAGCUGGUGGCUGCAGUGCAAAGGACUUACCAGCAGGGGGAAAUGUAACUCCUUAAUUAAACACAUGACGUUUUUAAUUUGAAACCACUGAAAUUAAAAUGUGUGUUUUUGUAAGUUAUUUAUUUUGUGUUUUAUAGCUUUAACUUUCAAAAAGCAGCUGCACCUGCACAUAAAAAGUCAUUUAAAUGAUCAUUUUCCUACAGUUAUUUUCUUGGAUAUUUGUAAAGGUGAAGGAGGUACAGCUGAGUGACUCUAGACAGUUCACUAAUAGCAUUAACAAUGCUGUAUUGUUAUAUAUCUAAGUGUCUCGAAAAGCCAUGACAGUGUAACAGUGAGCCAGAAAGCACAAGAUGAUGCUGCAUUCACAUUACAUGUCGGCAGAAUGGGAAAAACAGACUUGACUUGGUAGCGUUCUUUCCAAGAUGGAUUGCCCCACUGGGUAGCCUUGUACUCACAACAUAUAAACCAUAUAAAUGGGUUACUUUGUCUGUGAAUAGACUCCUUUAAAUUAGCUGUCAAAUUUGAGAGUCAAUAUUAGAUUUUAUUUUGAUAUAACUGCGGCUUGUGAUGCCAUUUUAACACUCGUUUGUGUUGUUGUUUGUAGCUCUUUUCUCUAAGUGGGAGAUAUUGCCGCUGUCAGAAUUUAACGAUAAUUACAGCGCUGGAGUUGUAGUCAGACGCUGACUUUCUUUAGGGGUUCUAAGUGGUUUGAUUACAGUCGUGAUUGGCAAGCAAAUCAAUGGAUUGUAUUUACUGUCUGCCUGCCCUGAAUUGUGUGUAUAAGUGUAUAAGAGUAUACAUCAUAGACAGCUGUAAAAAGGAGCAUACGUGGCACAUACACUAAUUUCUGCUACCAUCCCCAUAGUGCAGUGCAACACAGCUCAGGAUCCUGAACUGAACUGAAGCAGCUAAAAGGAAUCCAUAAUUCAUUUUUAUUAUUUACACCUGUGUUUUCCUGCUGUGACUUGUCAAAAUGUCCUUUUAUCUUUUUUUUUUACACAGAGUAGAUACAAUAGUCUUUCUUUGAAGUUUGAGUCUCAACGAAGAUUUAAACACAAGUUGUCUCAGAUAAAGUUAUUUUAGUCUGAAAUUGUAUCAGAAUGUUCCCUGUAGUCAUUUUUUUUUUAUUUCUGUGGCAUGUGUUAAUUUUAGAAAUCAAAGGGCGCAGAGCUGCUUUUGUGUGCAGCAGCAGAAUAUGAAGAGGAAAUGUGUCUUUUUUUUCUUAAUAUCUACAAGGACAAGUCUGUAAAAGCAGUAAAUUAAGUAGGACUGUAUAAAAUGUUGCUAGAAAGUGCGGUAUUUUCUAUUUUAUCAAAACUUUCUAAAAAUCCCAUGCACAGUCAGCUUUGAUUGUGAUGUUUCAGACAGCGCAAGAAGACAAGGUAAUAGAAAGGAGCCUAUAGACCAGAUGGUUUGAAGGAGUCAGGUGUUAUGGGAACAUCAAGCUGACAACGUCUCAUGUCAAAAUGCAAGAUGUUGCUGAGUCUGCCCCUUUUUCCAAUCAUCCGUCUUUUUCUCGUCGUCUCUGAGAAUGAUUUCUCCUGUAGCCUUCCAGAUUGUGUUAUGCCAGAAAAAACAGAGGAGAAAUGAGAAACACAGUCCAGGUCAGUUCAUAUGAAAGACCCCCGAAACGAGAGCCUUUUUUCUUUGAAGUGACAUCAGAUAAAAUCAUUUGUGUAAAACA